UAUAGAUAUUAAAAUAAGGCAGUAAAUAAUCAUUGUUGUUAAGAUGAAAAUUAAUUUAACAUUAACUAUUAUUGUUUUGACCAUUGUAAAUGGUUUUAACAUGUCUUCAAGUUCGGGAGACAUAGGUGACGGUGAAUACUUUGAAUCUUGCAUAAAAUGGAUUAAAUGCAAAUUAGAGGAUAAAGACGCCCUUGAUAAGUAUGAUAAAUGCCAAAAACUGGCAUCUGAUGAGACAAUAACGAAGAUGCUGAAGAUUAUGGGAGAUAUUGCCAACAGAGAAUGGUCAGACUCAGAAGCAGCAUAUAAUGAAUUCUGCAACAUGGAUAAAGAUCAGCAGCAUGAAUUUUUCAUCCAUCAUCUGCAGCAAAUGUUAGAAGAAUAUUCAGUAAGUAUUUGUAAUAAACUUAUUUUGAGGAGUAAGACUGAUAAACAUUGGCUUGCUUUAGGCUGUAGUGCUGAGGAAGAGGAAGAAUUAGAAAAGUAA